UCCUGUUAUUUAAUGAUUAUUCGAGACAAUGUUUCUUUUAAUAUUACUGUUGUAUACUCUCCCUCACAUACAGGGCAGAUACGUCAUAUCAGUGUACGGUGAUGUUUAUCAUGAUCGGGAGUUCUUUUCGAGAGUCUUCCCGUGGAUAAUAGAUAAUAUAGGAGGAGACAUCAGUGUUGAUUAUUACUUGUUAGGCAGCGGAAGAUACUCGGUGCCACAGAUAUGCGCACUCAACGAGAUGAAGAUGAACAUAUUUUUACAAGCACAGUACUUGAAAUGUGAAGCUGAAGGUAACCCAAGUGAUAAAUGUCUGUGCGAGACAGGAAUAGAUCCCGAAAAGUACAGGAUCUGUGUUCAAAAUAAAGGAAGCUACGCAGGGAUCUCAUCGGCAAAAUUUUCACAACUAGGCCUCGACAUCAGCCCGGUUAUUGAAAUAGGAUACAGGAACACUAUUUUUGGAGUAGAGGACAGUUGGUACUUGAAGAAAAUCUGUACAAUCUUCGGUGACAAUCCCCCAAGAGGUUGUGUUAAACCUUUCUCGUGCAAUAAUACGAAUAUCGAAAGUGACAGGAAAGGUCUUGCUGUUUACAACUGCGAAAAGUGUCACACGAGCGUGGCCGUAGAAAGAUCCAUUGAAUUAUUAAUAAAAAACGAAGAUGGCCACACAACAACAACGAAGCCAACAGAACUCAGUUAUACAACGGACUAUUCGAGGACGGAUUUUGAUUAUGAAAUAUGAUUUUGUGUUCGCGACAUAUUACGUGAUACAAAUGAAUAAUUUGAAGUUAA